AAGCAUCAAGGUAUGAUUCGAUAGGUUCGGCCCUUAAUCAUCCACCACGGUCGGACAUGCGAUUUGACGGCCCAGUAUUUUCUCAUCCUAGAGUCGAUUUAAAACAUCUUGUCUUUCCUUCAUCCCUUUCUAAAUCUUCUUGUUUGUGCUUCUUAUUCUUUGCCGUUGUUCUGUUUCAUCUUGUGCUGUGCUGUGCUGUCCCCAACUCUCGUUGACUGACUGCCUUUGAGCUCCACUCUUUGAUCGCGGACCGUAGUGGUGACAGCAGCAUGACGUCGCUCGUGGCAUCCCAGGCUCUUAAGGGUCGCAUUCAGAGAGCUUCAUUCCUCAAGAAGCUCUGCCGCCCCGAAGACCUGCUUCACCACUUCCCCAAUGGCGCUUCGAUCGGAUGGUCUGGUUUCACAGGUGUUGGGUACCCCAAGAAAACGCCAACCUUCUUGGCUGACCACGUAGAGAAGAACAAUCUCCAAGGGAAGCUACGAUAUGAUCUUUUCGUAGGAGCCUCGUCCGGUGCCGAGACGGAGGAUCGAUGGGCCAAGCUAGACAUGAUCGCACGCCGGUCGCCUCAUCAAGUCGGCAAGUCCAUCGCAAAGGGCAUCAACGAAGGAAGAAUCAAUUUCUUUGACAAGCAUUUGUCUAUGUUUCCCGUCGAUUUAGUCUACGGCUUUUACACAAAAGACAAGCCACACAACGGACUAGAUGUUGUUGUUGUUGAGGCUAGCGCAAUCAAAGAAGAUGGCAGCAUCGUACCGGGAGCUUCUGUUGGAGCUUCACCGGAACUUAUCCAGAUGGCUGACAAGAUCAUAAUAGAAGUAAAUACAGCCAUUCCGAGUUUUGAAGGUCUUCACGAUAUCACUAUGACAGAUCUACCUCCCCAUCGAAAGCCAUAUCUAGUCAUGCAGGUGGAGGAUCGCAUUGGGCGAACAUCGAUUCCCAUCGAUCCCGAGAAGGUCGUUGGCAUCAUCGAGUCGGAUUACCAGGAUCAGACGUCACCCAACGCCCCGGCGGAUGAAGGUUCACAAGCCAUCGCUAACCAUCUCAUUGAGUUCUUCGAGCAUGAGGUCAAGCAUGGGCGGAUGCCUAAGUCUCUUUUGCCUUUGCAAUCUGGUAUUGGCAAUAUCGCCAACGCUGUCAUCGGUGGACUGAGCGAGUCCAACUUCUACAACCUCAAGGUCUGGACAGAAGUUAUCCAAGACACCUUCCUUGAUCUGUUCGACUCUGGCCGUUUGGACUUUGCCACAGCAACGUCCAUUCGAUUCUCUCCUGAUGGCUUCAAGCGCUUCUACGAUAACUGGGAAAACUACCACGACAAGUUGCUCCUGCGUGCUCAGCAAGUCUCCAACUCACCUGAGAUCAUCCGCCGCCUGGGUGUUAUUGGAAUGAACACGCCCGUUGAGGUCGAUAUCUACGCCCAUGCCAACAGCACAUGCGUUAUGGGUAGCCGCAUGCUCAACGGUCUCGGUGGAUCGGCUGACUUCCUGCGCUCAGCUAAGUACAGUAUCAUGCACACACCCUCUACGAGACCCUCGAAGACAGACCCUAUCGGUGUCAGCUGCAUAGUGCCCAUGUGCACCCACGUUGACCAGACUGAGCACGAUCUCGAUGUGGUCGUUACCGAGGCUGGUCUAGCCGACGUGCGAGGAUUGAGCCCUCGCGAGCGCGCCAGAGUCAUCAUCGAUAAGUGCGCCCACGAUGACUACAAGCCUAUCCUAAAGGGAUACUUCGAGAAGGCCGAGUAUGAGUGCCUAAAGAAGGGCAUGGGUCACGAGCCUCACCUGCUGUUCAACAGCUUCGAUAUGCACAAGGCCCUACAAGAGGAGGGCAGCAUGAGAAAGGUCAAGAGCUGGUAAAGUGCGUUUAUGAAUCACCGCCGACGAAACGAGAUGCGAUUAGUAAUGGCGCACGGCUGGGCAUGGAAAAGGUGUCUGGAUCAUUGGGAUAAUCAUUUUACCUGUAAAUACGCCAAACAAGGAGUUGAUCGACUUGUGUCGCAUGUAGAUACAUCAUGUGGAAUUAUUUGUCAACUUGUUUCCUCGAUUAUUCUCGCUGUCCAUUGAUCUUCGCGC